AUGUGUAUCCUGCCUAUCCUCACCUACGGCGCCCCAACAUGGUCUCAAACUGAAGCUGAAAAGUCUAGACUCAAGGUUUGCCAAAGAGCAAUGGAACGCAGCAUACUGGGUGUUCGUAGAACCGACCGUGUUAGAAACACCGAACUGCGUUCCAAAACCGGCAUUGUGGAUGUGGGCAGGAAGGCCGCCAAGCUAAAGUGGGACUGGGCAGGGCACAUCUGCCGAAUGCACCCGGAGCGCUGGACCAAAUUAGCUACAGACUGGCUUCACCAGACGCUUUCCAAGAAAUUAAACACCUUCUGCGAAUACUGUACGCUUCACGGCGCGUAUUACCUGAAGAAAGGGAAAUUCACUGUCGUACUAUGGAGCGGCAUAAUUGUCGCUGGCUUUGCGCUGUGGGGCGUGCUGGGGCACAUGAUCUACCAGAAGUACAGUUCCGACCCCAUCGUCACUGUGGUGGAGUCCACCUACUACGGGACUGACCAGAUUGCCUUCCCUUCAUUCAUGAUUUGCGACACCUUGCCACUGUAUGGACCUAAAACUGGGAACGUAUCUCUUAUAUUAUACAGCCGAGGUUAUGGUGCCAGUGAGAUAAACGACUAUUUUGACAGUUUUUUUGACAUUCUUGAUGUUCAAUAUACUCCGCCAAUGCAUGUCCGGAAAAUGCAUGCUCUUCUGCAAGACCUGGGCUUUACUCUGGAAAUUAUACUUGAAAUGUUUAAGAAGCCAUGUGACGUGUUGUUGGUGAAGUGCCGAUGGUGGUCAACGGAGUUCAAGUGUUCGGAGAUGUUCCUCGAGGUGGUCACCGCCGUCGGGAACUGCUGUCAACUUGACAUGGCUCAUUUCAAACGUUUCGCUCCCAGUAACACAAAGUUUGUUCCCGGCAAGACGGUAUCCCAAGGACUCGAGCUUACUGUGAACGGUAUCAAAGAAUAUGCGAAUGGAACUGUACGCGUUGGACCAGUGUUGAUGUACAUUUUCGACCCCGACAACAAGGUCACCGUGAUAGACAGCCCCAUUACCCUCGCUCCAACCAGCUAUUUCGAUGUGGACAUCGAGAUCUUUGCCAUCGAUUCCUCUCCAGAGGUCAAAGCCCUGCCUCUGAAGACCAGGAAAUGCUCCUUAAGUACAGACCAAUCCAUCGGAGCCAGUUUUUACCAAAAAUGCAUUUCAACGCUGCUAAUGAGAAAACUCGCGAAUGUGUGCAAAUGUCUCCCAUUUCUUUGUUCAGCUGAAGACUUGUCCGUAGAAGACUACCCGAAUUGUACUUGGGAGAGAUACUUAUGUAUAAUACCACAACAGGAAGUCACUUUAGCGGACAUGCACUCUCUCAUUCGCAUGAACGACUGCUACCCGAGCUGUGACUACGUGGAGUACGACCCGAAAGUGGAAUUCGUACGAAAAUUGAAAAACUCCAAGAACACGAACUACACCAAGAUAGCAGUCCACUACGCAUCUAGGACCUGCAUGAAGUACAGGAGACAGAUCAUCUACACCUGGGACCAGAUGUUAGCUAACCUCGGUGGAAUAUUCGGUCUCUGCUUGGGCGGCUCAUUUAUAAGUCUCAUAGAAAUUGUAUGGUUCCUCGUAGACAUCCUCGUCACCACUAUCAACAGUGAUAAGCCGAAAAAAAAGAAAGUCAUUACUGUUAACGAAAAAGAUAAGAAACACGGCAGAGACGAAAAUGGCUAUUAUAAGUUUACAAAUUAAUUUGCUC